UCCUCGCUACUAGCUAGCUACCCAGUGCCACUCGCUACUCGCGCAUCAUCGAUCAGCUUCCUUCUUCUUCCCUAGCGAAAGAACGAGAUCGAACAUGUCGACUGUGAGCCGUGCAUCCCUCGACCAGAAGCUUGCCCUCGCCAAGCGGUGCUCGCGAGAGGCGACACUCGCAGGGGCUAAGGCUGCAGCUGUAGCGACCAUCGCCUCUGCAAUUCCCACGCUGGCGAGCGUGCGGAUGCUGCCAUGGGCGAAGGCCAACAUCAACCCCACCGGCCAGGCCCUCAUCAUCUCCACAGUCGCCGGGAUGGCCUACUUCAUCGCCGCCGACAAGAAGAUCCUCUCGCUGGCGCGGCGGCACUCGUUCGAGGACGCACCGGAGCACCUCAAGAACACCUCCUUCCAGGGCGCCGGCAGGCCGCACCCCGCUUUCUUCAGGCCAUGAUCGAGCUGCACCGCUACUGUGGGAGUUGAUGAAUAAACUACUUACUAGUCAACAACGGCAAAUCAAUCGACGAUGUGCUCAGAGACUCGGAGGAGCAAGCUUGGGCCAUUUAGUUUGUAUUAGCUGCACUCCAAAAAUAUUACUGCACAAGCAGUAUAUUGUAAAAAGUAUUGUACUUUGUGUUUCUUGAUCCUGAACUUCGUUUAUCCGUAUAACAGAUUUGCGUCUUCACAAA